AUGCGACGAAGUGGUGGAGGUGCGACAACGCCUGCUGCCCCUGGUGGUCCUGCUGCCUCGUCUGCCUCUGCUGCCUCCUCGGCUGGCCAUGCUGGGUCCAGCUCGUCAGGCGCCAGCGUCAAGCUCAUCAAGGCUCUCAAGCACGCCAUGGAGAUCCGUCACUAUUCAAUGGGGGAGCUGGUGGUUGCCCGUGGGAGCAAUGGGAGCGAGAUGUAUGUCGUCACUGGUGGGGUUGUCGAGGUCGUCGUCCAGCCUUCAUCGCCAUCGCCAUCGUCGUCGUCAUCAGCUUCACCUCCACGUGCCAUUCCGCUCCACGAGGGAGCCCACUUUGGCGAGAUCGGGUUGUACGCGCCAGGCACGGUGCGGAUGGCCGAUGUCGAGGCACGAUCUGAGGCCCGGGUAAUGAUCCUGCGGCGUGAGGCGCUGGACCGGGUGCUGCUUGCCCAGGCGUGCGUCGGCUAUGACCCGCACGUUCUGGUGGCGGUCCGGCUCGCGCCGCCGUCGCGCGUCCGCGCCACCGCCGACUCGGAUAGCCCGCUCGUGACCAAGGCCUCCGGCUCGCGGAUCAAGAUCACCUCGCAGGCGUGGUCGAGCCACGAGGCCAAGGUUAAGGCCAAGGCAUUUGAUUUUGACCACGUGUUUGAUACAACGGAUUCGACCCAACGCCUCGAUCGCACGCUGGGAUGCCACGUGGUCAACGCCGUGCUCGAUGGCUUCCACACCUGCGUGGUGGCGUACGGCCAGACCGGGACUGGCAAGACUUACACCAUGCGCGAGUUUGUCCCGCUUGUCGCCGGCCGCCUCUUUGCAGCUCUCGCAGCCGAGGACGCUGCCCACCCUGACAUCCACUUUAGCGUUGAGCUCUCGGCUCUCGAAGUCUAUUGCGAGCAGCUCCGCGAUCUGCUGUUUCGGUCGACGCAAGCGCCGCCGGAGCUCAAGCUUCGCGGCGACGCCAAGACCAAUGUCCGCGUUGAAAACCUCAGUCGCAAGCGAGUCAAGUCGCUCGACGAGCUGGCCUUCUUCUUCAAGGCCGGCAUGGAGGCGAGGACGGUGACCGCCACCAAGGCGAACGAGGCUUCGUCUCCGGCCCAUACCAUCUUUACACUCUACGUCACCCGCCGCCAGGAGCUGCCUGACGGCGAGGUGCUGAGUCUCAUGACCAAGCUCACCUUUACCGAUCUUGCCGGCACCCAGCGCGAGUACGCCAAGCGCAAGGGUCUCGAUGCCGUCCGCCAUGAGAACGACGGCACGUCUGCUGCUCAGGAGCGCGAGCGCCGCAAGAUCAAUCUCGCGCUCCAGACCCUCGGCCUCGUUAUUCACUCGCUCGCCACAGGCCGCGAGCCGCCGUACCGCCAGUCGGUCCUCUCUAUGCUCCUCUCGCAGUCGCUCGGCGGCAACUCGAAGACCUUCUUUCUCGCCACCGUCCUGCCCACCAAUCUUAAGCUCUCACUCCGGACGCUCAAGGAUGCCGAAUUUGUCAUGCGCAUCCGCAACAACGCGGUGCGUGGCGUCAUGGCCGCCGGUGGCGGCGCCUUUCUCACCGCCCGCGUUCACAUCCCGGCUGCACUCCCGCCGCUCUCCAUGGCUGCUGCGUGGUCUCUCAUCGCCGACGCCAACCGUUUGCUGGAAGCCAUCGGCGAGCCGCUCACCUUUUCGCUCGAGCCGCACGACGAGGUCUCACUGCGGUAUCCAUACGCUGUCCGAGCGAGCUGCACACGCGCCCUGCUUCAUGCCCACUACGACCCUGACUCUUUUGAGACUGCGCUUCAGACCCUGCAUCUGCUUCACGACGGCGCCGCGCCCACGCUCGACGCCUUUGGCGCCCGUGGCUCGCGCAUCUUCCAUCCGGCGUUCCCGUUCUAUCUUGCACCGGAACGAACCGAGAUCGGGCGCCUUGCCAUCGAUGUCUCGCACGUCGUCGCCUCGAGCUCGCGCACCUCCAAACUUGUCUCGGGCACCUUUGCGCGGGCCGGCCUCGCCAUCGCCGCCCUGGUCCACAUCGACCCGACGUCAGUCCGAUCCGGCCACGCCGCCGCGGCCUCGACCAAGCCAGAGCCCCCGGCCCUUGCGCACGCACGUAUCACCGACGCUGAACUCGCCAGUAUCUCUCCCCUCGGCGUCUGCCACGAGCCACUCGCCGACGCACUUCGCGCUGAGGGCACCGCCGACCUUGAGCCGGGCGCCCAUGCUACUCUCCACAUCCGUAUUCCUGCGCUGGAGCAAGUGCCCGGAAGAGCCACUGCCUCGCUGGUAAUCCAUGCCACCCUCGGAUCAACUUGCGCAGAGAGCCUGCCGGCCUUGCCUCACUGCUGGCAGUCCGGAGAUGCCUUUGAUGGCAUGAUUGCGCUCCCAGUCCGCCUUGAUGAGACUUGGUUCGACGCUACCGCCCGGCGCCCGGCCCCGCACCACAUCCUUCACCUUGCCGUUACCGGCACUCGCCCCAUCGCCGACCUCAUACCUCCCGCAUGCACCCCUCAGACAGAGACAUCAUCCGUGCCGGCACCCGAUCCCGCCUCUGAUCGCGCAACCGCGUACACUGCCGUCCUCUCCAUUUACGAUGCGCUCCGCGGGCCAGCCGCAGUCUUGGAUGCCCGCCAGGGCGCCAACGACCAGUUGUAA